GCCUUUGUCUUUUUUAUCUUCUCGUUUCUUCUUCUUCUUCUUCAUCCUUCGUCCCUCUUCGCUGCUUCUCCCUCCCCCCGCUUCGCCAUUCUCUCACUUUUUUUUUAUUCCAGACGCAAGACUAAUCUAUCGCGCUUUUCAGCUCUCGUCAAAAAUGUCGAAGCUUUUCAUCGGCGGCCUUGCCUGGCACACCACUGACGAGACUCUCCGUGAGGGUUUCGAGAAGUUCGGCUCUAUCCAGGAAGCAGUUGUCGUCAAGGACCGCGACACCAACCGCAGCCGCGGCUUCGGUUUUGUUCGCUUCGCUACCGAUGAGGAAGCCGACGCUGCGAUGCAGGCCAUGAACAACCAGGAGUUCGAUGGCCGCACCAUCAGAGUCGAUAAGGCUUCGGAACGCACUGGUCGCGGCGGCGAUGGAGGCUUCCACGGCCGCGGCGGCUACAACCAGCGCGAGGGUGGCGGUUACAACCGCGGCGGCUAUGGCGGUGGUGGCUACAACGGUGGUGGAUGGCGCAACCCCAGCAACGACCAGGCCGAUGCUUAAUCUCCUCUCUUCGAAACAGCGAUCUGAGACGUGCCAGUCACCCCCCUCCGCUCCGCCUUCUUUCCUCGAAACUGUUUAUUAGUAGUUACCCCCCUUUGCCUCACUCGUGUUUUCUAGCAUUAGGCUACGAGAAAUGACCACUAUGGAAUGGGAUCGCGAUUGCAUCAGUUAAUGAUGAAAUGAAUGA